AUGUCGCAAGCGUGGACAAAGUUCUUAAAUAAAGCAACAAUCGUUGUUCUCAAAGCUGUGUUAAGAUCUUUAUUGCUUCCAACCAGUGGUUCAAAAGCUGAAUUAAAGCGACGUGUGGAAGUUGGAGUAAAAGAUCUCACAGACGACGAUCUGCGAAAGCUCAUACAAGAGACUUCUAGAGAAUCCACCGUUGAAUCUGCCGACGAACAGUUUUCUGAUGCUGAGGACAACAACGAGGAGCCACGUUCGGAGGAAGAAAUUCUGGAUGAGGAAUUAGAAAAACUUCAUCGGAUUUUUAAGAAGAAACAGGAGAUUCAUAAACUGCAAAAACAGCUUCAAGAAUUUCAACUCGAGGAGUCUGCAACCAGUACCAAAUCGACUACAGUUUGUUUCAGGGAUAUUGAAGACUCCAUACCCCCUUUUAGUGGCGACGACAAUUUACCUGUGCAACGUUGGAUAGAACAAUUCGAAGACUAUUCCGAAAUCUUAGGCCUGGAUGAAAGAAGUAAAUUUCUUUACGGGAAAAGACUUUUGACAGGUACAGCCAAAUUAUACAUCAGAACAAUCAUCAUAAAAAGUUGGCAAGAUAUGAAAACUUAUUUGAUCAAUGAGUUUAAAAAGAACGUGACUAAGGCUGAUGUAUACAGUGAUCUUCAAAAUAGAAAAAAACGUCAUGACGAGACUUUCCAGCAGUACGUUCUUUCGAUGAUGGAAAUAGCUUCACAAAGUGUCAUUGAAGAAGAAGACAUUAUUCAAUUUAUAAUUAAAGGAAUCGCAGAUGUUGAAAUUAAUAAGUCAAUUUUGUAUAACGCCAACACCAUCAUUGAAUUAAAAUCAGCCUUACGCAAAUAUGAGAAGUUAAAGCGCAAUUGCCGAAACAAUUUUUCUGACGUCAGGCCAUCGAGAAGUACACCAAAUAGUUCUCAUGCACGCAACAUUACACCAAGCCGAUCAAAUGUCACAAAUCAAGGUUUUAAUCGUAUCAACACUCAAACAACACCUGAUAAGCGAGAAGUUUCGUGUUUUAAGUGUGGGAAGCAGGGACACAUUUCACCCCACUGCUCUGGGAAGAAAUCAGUCAUGAUUGUGAAUACGAAAGAUCAAGUCGAAGAAAAAGAAAAAAUUGAUUUACCAGCCAGCGUGAACACAUGUGAAGAGAGCGAAUCAUCAAGCAAUGAAUUCGAGAAAAUCAUCAGCUUUAAUUUUGUCAGUGAUCAAAUGGACUCAUCAGCAACACUCUUGACUCUUUUGGAUUCAGGGUCCCCCAUCAGUUUUGUUCAAGCUAAGUAUAUACCUCCGUUUUUGAUAUCAACAUUAGACCUGAGAAGCCAUAAAUAUGUUGGAGUAAACAACAGCCCGCUGGAUGUACUAGGAAGCAUAAAUUGUAGAGAUUUCAUGGGCAAAAAUGGUUUGGUUCUACAACAACAAAAGAAGAAUUAUGUAAAUGAAAUUGAUCGAGAUCUCCAAUUGUCAUCUGGCGUUCGUGAUGCUCCAGCUACAAGUCAAAAUAAUGAGCUGAUAACUACGGGUGAUGAUGUCAACUUUGUUUUUAAGGUUAUGAAUAUUGACCUGAGUUGCAAUGUGAGCAUUAUCCGCGAGUCGACUUCCUCAUUUGCGUCACCCAUAGUUCUGGUCCAGAAGAAGAGUGGGGAGCUUAGGCUUUGCGUUGAUUACCGCGAAUUGAAUAAGAUAACUUUAAGAGACAAUUAUCCCUUACCAUUAAUAGAGGAUCACAUUGAUCGUCUUAAGAACAAAAAGUUUUUUACAACCCUCGACUUAAAAGAUGGUUUCCACCACGUUAAUGUGGCGGAAGACUCAAUUAAAUACACGUCUUUUACGACACCUCUAGGGCAAUUUGAAUAUUUAAAGAUGCCAUUUGGCCUUAAAAAUGGUCCAUCUGUGUUCGAACGGUUUAUUAAGCAAGUAUUUAAAGAUUUGAUUGCAAAAGUUGAAAGUCCGACAAACAUGAAAAUAGAUCGCUUAACUUUCACACAACGCCUACCAAUUGUAAAACCCUACUACAUUCCGUCACAGCCCACAUACCGUUCCUUUACAGGAGAAUAUGGCUUACAAAAUCGUCCAGCUACACAAGCACUUGACAAAAUUGUGCCGAAAUUUGAAGAGACUGGAUUUGUUAAGUAA